AUGGCUAAGCUCAUUUUCUUCAUGUCCCUCCAAAUCCUCCUUCUCUCCGUCGUUUCUUCCACUGGAGAUGAUGGAGAAAACUUUGCAAGAACCAUAGACCGGAAACUCCUCGGCCUCCACAGGAAAGAGAAGCUAACACAUUUUAAAGUCUAUUGGCACGACAUCAUAAGCGGUCCAAACCCAACGGCCAUCAUGAUCCAGCCACCCGUUACAAACUCUACUUCCUACUUUGGCGGAAUCAAUAUGAUGGACAACGCAUUGACGGCGAAAGUUCCGUUGAACUCCACGUUAGUUGGCAGAGCCCAAGGGUUUUACGCCGGAGCGGCCCAAAAGGAGUUGGGUUUUCUAAUGGCGAUGAACUUUGUUUUUAAGACAGGGAAGUACAACGGAAGCACGAUCACGAUUCUUGGUCGGAACACCCCAUUUUCGGAGGUCAGAGAAAUGCCGAUCGUUGGAGGAAGUGGGCUUUUCAGAUUUGCUAGAGGCUACGUCGAGGCUCGGACAAAGUGGUUUAAUCUCAAGAACGGCGAUGCUACCGUUGAGUAUAGCUGUUAUGUUCUGCAUUAUUAA